GCGCUUUUCAUCCUUUUCAAUGCUCGUCCGCGACCGCAGAGUGUGUGCGCGUGCGUGCGCGGAUCGCCGAGCGCCGUUUCAUUCUCUGCUGCCAGGAGACGCGCAUCUCUUUUACCGCCGGUAGACAGUCAGUCAGCUCCAAACUGCCUCCGUCAGAGCUUCAGUCUACUGGUUUUUAAUCUCAACAUUCGUUGCCGGUUUUUGUCUCGAUUCGCAGUGCUUCCCGCUGGGUUCCGCUUGGAAAAAAACGGGAGGAGACGCGAGUACCGACUGGGCGUUGCUGGAGGAAAAGCGCUAUAGACUCGGUCAGCCAUAGCCGUCUGAUAGCAGUAGACUCCAACUAGUGGACUGAGUCCUGGGUUCCUGAUUCCUCUUUUGCUGAGACGGACCUCCAGGACUAGGACAAGAUGAAACCGGAUGGUGUUGACACGGCAACAAUGGAGCCAAUGGAAGCAUUAAAUGCAGGUCCUGCGGUUGAGGUGGCACCAGCGGGCGAAGCUCAGGACCAGGCUUUGCCUGCAACGCAAACAGAAGGUGAACCACAGCAAACAGAGGCAACCAACAAGACCGGAAAGGACAAGCCUGUGGAUCCCAAAGCUAAGACGAAGGCACCUGCCAAAACAAAGACGGCCACCGCUGGAACCAAGGCAUCUACAACCAGCUCCCGUCCCACCACUGGCCAAAGCCGCCUGACAAACGGGGCACAGAAGACGCAAGCCAACGGCCUCACCAAAAAGACCACCACAGCAGGCCUGGAGAAGAAGACCUCAACCACUGCUGCCACUAAAAAACCAGUUAGCUCUACUCCUGCACCCACAACCAAGAGCCCAACCAAGGUGGCUGAGAAAAAGCCUGUGGGGGCGGCGAGACCUGCUAGUGCUCCAGCCAAUGGCGUGAAAUCAACAGGGGCAGCGCAGCCCAUCAAGAAAGCCCCUGCUGCACCAGCUAAUGGUUUGAAGUCUAAACCAAAAACUGCAGCUCCAGCUCCAAGACCCGCCACUGCAUCCACCGCUAAGACCAGCACCACUAGCUCUCCCAAACCUGAUAGGCCACCAGUUGCCAAGACAACCAGGUCUGCUGGCACUGCUCCUGCUGCCCGUUCUUCCCCUGCUGCCCCUAAGCCUGGGACACCGACAACUGCCAGCAAGACAUCAACAGGCACAUCCAGGCCAACUACUGCUACACCCAAGACGCCAUCUGCUACUGCUAAACCUUCUCCUGCUAAAACCACAGCGCCCCCUGCUGGCCGGACUCCCACUCCUAAGACCACAACACCUGUCAAGAAAGAUGUCAGUAAGCAGCCAUCUACUCCAGCGGCCAAGAAGCCCACUUCUUCUCCGCUUACCAGGCCAGCACCAACCAAGACCACCAAGCCUGACACCCCUAAGUCAGCCUCUGCUACCAAGGCAGAAUCUGCCACAAAAAAACCCACCACCUCCAGCAAGGUGGCAGAUGUUAAGACUAGCAAACCCAAGGAGAGCAAAGCAACACCUUCCAAGGAGGUCAGCGCAAGCCUUAAGACCACAGGCAGCAAGCCCAGCACUAAGACAAGCAGCCCAAAGAAGUCAGUUGGCAGUAGCACCCCAAUGCCAUUGAAGGGUGGCCCAAAAGCCUCCCAGCCUGCAGAGCCAGCAGCCACAGAGGCUGAGAAAAAGGAUGUGGUACCUGCUGUGGUUGCAGCCACUACUGCGGCUGCUGCUGUUGUUUCUUUGGUGACCUCUGAGGAAACACCUGAAGACUCAGCUAUGGCUUUUGUUCCUGCUGCCACUGAAGAGGCACCUAAGGACUUGUCUACCCAGGUCAAUCCUGCAGUAUCUGAGGUGAAAUUAGAAGAUUCAUUUACAACUUCAAUUCUUGCUUCCUGUGAGGACUCUAAAGAGGAUUCUAAAGAAAUGGCCACACCUGUCACUGCCCCUACCACUAUGGAAGCACCUGAAGACAAAGUUACACCUGUCAUUCCUCCUGUCACUGAGGAAACAUCUGAAGAGUCUGUUACAUCUUUCAGGCCUGAAGAAGCACCUGAAGAUAGAACUAUGUCUGUCAUUCCCCCUACCUCUGAUGAGGUACAAGACGAAACAGUUUCACCUGACAUUCCUUCUGAAGAAACACCUGAAGAAUUAAAUACAUCUGUCAUUCCUCCUACCUCUUAUGAGGCACGAGAAGAAACUGUUUCACCUGUCAUUCCUUCUGAAGAAACACCUGAAGAUAUUACUACAUCUGUCAUUCCUCCUACCUCUUAUGAGGCACGAGAAGAAUCAGUUUCACCUGUCAUUACUUUUGAAGAAACACCUGAAGAAGUAACUACAUCUGUCAUUCCUCCUACCUCUUAUGAGGCACGAGAAGAAACUGUUUCACCUGUCAUUCCUUCUGAAGAAACACCUGAAGAUGUAACUACAUCUGUCAUUCCUCCCACCUCUUAUGAGGCACGAGAAGAAACUGUUUCACCUGUCAUUUCUGCUGCUUUUGAAGAAACACCUGAAGAUGUAACUACAGCAGUCAUUUCCCCUACCUCUUAUGAGGCACCUGAAAAAUCCAUUUCACCAGUCAUUCCUCCUGCCUCUGAUGAAAUAUCCGAAGAAAAUGCAUCUGUCAUUCCCGCUACCUCUUAUGAGGCAACUGUAGAAAGUGCUUCACCUGUCAUUUCUCCAGCUUUUGAAGAGGAACCUGAAGACACAGUUACACCUGUUAUUUCUCCUACUUCUGAUGAGGUGGAGCUUGUCUAUCCCCAGGACAUCCCCCAGAGUGUCCAUCAGAGCAUGGACACUUAUAAAGAUGACAAUGUCAUGUCUCAGCUGGCUGCUGAAGUGGACUUGGUCAGUCUGGAGGAGCCAGUACCUGCUGUGUCUCCCCUGGGAACCACAGUGCUGUCCCCACCAUCCUCUCCCACUGGCCCACCAUCCAUGCCAGAUGAGCUCCCAAGCUCAGCUCCCUUUCUGGGUUCACAGGGUCCAGCUGAACCAUGGGCACAAAGCUCUUCUCUGUACCCCAGUUCUGCGACCGUAGAGAACGAGGAGCAGGAUGAGGAAAGACAGCACGAUGAAGAAAGUGAGCAGGAUGAUGAAAAAGAUCAGGAUGAUAUACAGAUUCCCUCUGCUGCAGAGAAUGUGAUCGAAGACUUUGAUCUGAUGGGCUCCACUGAAAGGGAUCACAUCAGAACUGCAGCUCCUGUCUCCCCCUUGCAAGAACGAGAGGAGGCGGUGGAGAAAGCUGAAGAAGAGAUUAAUGAAGACAAUGAGGAGGAGGAGGAAGAGAAGGACGAGGAGGAUGAGGAGGAAGAUGAAGUAAAAGAGAUUGGCAUACAGGAAUUAGUGACCCAAACAGAGAAAGUUGACUUUAAUAAGGGUGUGGCAGAUUUUGCCAGCUCUGAUUGGGGUAUGAUGCAAUCAGAUGACAUGUACAGCAGUGAGAAACAUGACUCAGAAGUGACCUCUCCUUUAAGAGCUGAAGACAUGUCGUACAGCAGUGAGAAACAGGACUCAGAAGUGACCUCUCCUUUAAAAGCUGAAGACAGCUGCAGUGCUAAAGAGACUGGUGACUUUAUCAUGACUGAGGCGGACAAGGAACAGCCAUUCACGGGGCCUCCUGGAAUCCAGUCAUUUGGUAGUGAAGAUGAAGAAGAGGAUGAAGAAGAAGAGCGUUUGAAGAAAGACCUGGAUCUGGAAUUAGAGCAUGAUGAUGAGCAUCACAAGCAACAGAAAGAUUUGGAGGAAGAAGACAAAGAUGUGGAGAUGGUCCACAAGGGCAUGGCUGAGAGUGAACUUGGGGUUUGUAGAAAUGAUGGUAAUGAAGAUGAAGAUGAAGAAGAUGAUGAUGAUAAUGAUGAUUACAGAGAGGAGAGUCAUCUAGAUCUCAGCAGCGUGGGUCACACUGCUCCAGAAACAUCUAUGCCUUUGACAGCAGCAUGGAGUAAUUCCAAUCCAUUCUCCGAUACCUGGGCCCAGCCUUCUUCCGUCCUGUCUGAAUCAAAGCUUUCAGAUUUCAGAGUUCAAGAUCCAGACACACUCACCAAAUUCCCAGCCGAUCCAGACACAACCACCACAUUCUCAGCUGAUCCAGAUACACCACCCAAAUCCCCAGCUGAGGCUUUUCUGGACAUGAGUCCACCCCUGAUUCAGGCCUCAGAACCUCAAACUGACAUCCAAGAGGAGACAGUAGGCUCAGUCCCAGUGGAGUCAUGCAUCUUGGCUCCUCCUGCUAUUGGAAUGUCCCAGUCCAGCACCCUCAGUGGAACAGCCCUGGCCGCCCAUAGCAGCAGUGAGACCAGCACACCUGAAGAGCUUCGAGAUUACGACAGCAGCUCAGGUGUAGAAUCCCGAUCAGACAAGCAGCAGACGCCAGUCCCUGCCAUGCAAACAGACAUGGAGCAGGACCUGGGUAUUCACCUUGAGCGAGGCGAUGGGGAGGAGGAAGAGGCAGAAACGCUGCCAGCCGACGAAGUGCUGGGUGACGCCGCAACGGCACCAGCCUCUGUACCAUCAUCACCAUCAACCUCUGGUGAUGAGGCCAGUGAUACAGAGGGUGAGAUGCAAAUAAAUGAACCGGAUGUUGCAGUUGAUGACAACGCCACAGUCCCUCAUGACCUUGCUGCCCUGGAGGAAGAUGAGGAGGCUCCUGAACAGAUUGGAGAGGAAGAUGGUGAUACGCCUCAGUCAGCCAACUCUGUGGCCUCCUACGGUUUUGACUGCUCCGCAUCCAUCUCCAAUGCCCACUCUAUGGCUGAGAGCUGUGGAAAGAGCCCAGGCAUCUUUAGCCUGGAAAAUGAAGAGCAGCUUCCGGAAGAAGCCAAGGAUCCCUCUUUCAUCAAGGAGCUCACCCUGCCAGCAGCUGCCGCCUACAGCGAUGAGUUGUUGGGCUGCCCAGUAGAUUUGCUGCCGAUUCGGGAGCCCGCAGAGAGGGAUGCUGAGUUUGACGAGCACUACAUGCUGUGCAGUAAGACAGACCCAGGCGCUAUGGAGGAAAUGGAUGCUGAGUCCCCCAUGCACCUCUCACCCCAACAUGGGGACGAUUCUGACGGCCAGCCACCGUACUACUCUACUAUAUGUGAUAAGACUGAUAACAUUCUGGCAGGUAACGUAUAAAGUCCCUCUUUUGGAAUGCACCUUGUCUACCCCAAACCCCACGCUCCCACCCUGUGUCCUUCAUUUCUUCCAAAUGUGGGGUUAACAAGCAAAGAAAUGACUAGAAAUAUGUAAUAGAAGGGGGAAGAAAAGGGGAGCCGUCAGGUGAGGGAUUAUAGCUUUGUCUGAACUGCUCUCUGUUCUUCUAUUACCAUGGUGAUGGUUAUGAUUGUAUGGCUUAAAUUUCUGUAUGUACAGUAGCUUUUCUCAUUUUCUAUUAGAAUGUACUUUUUAAAUAACACUGCAUUUCAUGGCACCCCUGAACCUGCAAUGUUAGACUAAGUUAAGUUGAUGUCCUUUAAUGAAAGGACAAAGAAAAAAAAAAAAUAAACACUUGGUGGACUACAA